AUGCUGCUUCUCUCCCCCAUCGUCUUAUUAGCGGCGGCAGCUCUUCUCGCCGCCAUCCAGCUCGUCCGAUGCCUCAGAUCGCCUCUCAGCAAAAUCCCAGGCCCGGCAAUCUCCAAAUUCACGACUCUGUUGCUCAAGUGGAAAGAGAUUCAUGCCCAAAGAACUGCCUAUGUCCACCAGCUUCACCUGCGGUAUGGCCCUGUUGUCCGCAUUGCCCCCAACGAGGUCUCUUUCACGUCCUGGGAGGCGCUCAAGGAGAUUUACUGCUCUGGAGGUAGCGGAUAUGACAAGACUGAAUUUUACGACCUUUUCAAGAUUUACGGGAGAAGAACCAUGUUUACCACACUGGAUAAAGCAGGUCACGCCAAGCGGAAAAGAAUCCUUGCCGACCGCUAUGCAAACAGCAACGUCGUGAAAAGUGCAUCCGUCGCCGGAGUCCAAGAGCGCUCGUCCAAGUUUCUGCAACGCUGUGUUUCGUCACCGGGUGGCGUGGCAGACAUCUUUGUAACCCUGCAUGCAUACGCCUGUGACUGCAUCACUCACCACCUAUUUCAUCCUCAUGGCACAGACUGCAUUACAAACAAACAAGACGAGGAGAUGAUGCAUCAGGUAGCAGCAGACGACAGCCUGCAGAACCGUCUCAUCUCGCACUACGUCCCUACGUUGUACCGUCUAUUCUCAAAACUCCUCUACGUCUUUGUAAAGCCCCGAGAAACCCCCCUGGCAGACGACUACGUGCUGGAAACCAGCCAGAUCAGCGGCCCGGCAUCCUUCACUCUCAUGAGUCGCUUUGAAGAAAAGUCCAGUGACCUCGACUACAUCGACAAGGCGGCAGAGUGCCUCGACCACAUGGCCGCCGGCAUCGACACCACCGGCGACGGGCUCUGCUUCCUCCUCUGGGAGCUCUCCCAGCCACGAUCCCUCGGCUUCCAGCGCAAGCUCGCAGACGAGCUGCACAGAAAUCCAGGAGCUCCUCUUGAUCGCCUCCCAUAUCUCGAUGCCGUGAUCAACGAGGGCCUGCGGUGCUUUCCGCCGAUCCCAAUGUCCCUGCCGCGGUACGUUCCGCCGGGGGGCCGCUCGAUAGACAACUUUUGGCUGCCCGAGCAGACGAUUGUGAGCUGCCAGGCGUAUUCGGUCCAUCGCAUCAACAGCGACGUGUUUCCGGAUGGAGAUCGGUUCAAUCCUGAUCGCUGGCUGGAGCAAGAGGGCGAUGCAGACCGCAGGAGGAUGCAAUUUGCCUUUUCCAACGGAGGCCGAGGCUGUGUUGGAAAGCAUCUCGCCAUUCUUGAAAUGAAGACAUUGCUGCGAGAUAUUUAUUCCGGCUACAGCACGACGCCGCACAAGUCGAUGAAGGUGGAAGACAUGGCCAUGUCGGAUCAGCUCAUCUCAUCGAGGCCCCAGGCCCAGAGAUGUCUUGUUCAUUUUCACCCGCUCGACGUGCAUAGCCAUCAGGCAGGUGUUUAA